AUGGGGUUCCUCGAUAAGUUCAAGCCGUCUCACGACACAAAUGCCGCCGCGUCAACCGAGCACGAGAGAUCACCAACGGGCGACGUCAAAAACGAGCACGAUGUGGAGCAGCCUAACGUCCCCGAGCCCGACAUCAACUCGUCUUCGCGGGCCAGUCUAGAGGAGAUCAACGAGAAGCAGAUCCAGGCCGACCCUGACCAUGUCACCGCCAAUGCAGCCCUAGGUGUGCAAAAGGCUGAGGCUGCCGCUUUGGUCUGGCCCAAAUGGGCUCUGUACGCCACCUAUGGCUGGAUAUGGGUGUGCUUCUUCAUGCUUGCACUCCAGCAGGGCACCACCAGCAUAUUCAACCUGAACGCCUACGCCAAUUUCACGGCGGCGCCGCAGAUCGAGACCGCCAACAUUCUGGCCACCAUCGGCUUCUUCUUCUUCGUCUGCGUCUACCUGGUCGGCAUGAUUAUCAUUGCCACCAGCAAUGGCCCCGACUCGUAUGCUGCUGGAUACGUCAUCUACUGGGUUGGCUACGAUGCCAUCUACCUGAUCUUGGACGUCUUUGUCGCGGAUACCUCUGGCCUGCGGAAUCGUGCCUUUGCCUUCGCCUUCGUCGGCACUCCCUUCAUCUGCACCGCCUUCACCGCGCCGCUGGCCGCCCAGAGUUUCCUGAAUCACACCACCUGGCGCUGGGGCUACGGCGCAUUCACCAUUGUCAUGUUCUUCGUCUUCACGCCCCUGGCCCUCGUCUUCAAGUUCUACUCGCUCAAGGCCGAGAAGCUGGGCCUCUUCAAGCGCGAGAAGAGUGGUCGCGGCUUUGCUCAAUCUUUCAUCCACUACUGCCACGAGUUUGACGUUGUUGGCUGUGCGAUUCUCAUGGCCGCCUUCAUUCUCUUCUUGCUGCCCUUCUCCCUGGAGCAGUACGGCUAUGCAGGCUACAGCUCGGCAAAGUUCAUUGCGAUGAUCGUUAUUGGUGCUUGUCUGUUCCCCGUCUUCUACAUUUGGGAGCGGUACUUUGCCCGUCACCACUUCAUCAGAUGGGAGCUGUUCAGGAGCCGCACGGUGACUGGUGCCUGCUGCCUGUCCGCCAUCCUGUACUUCAGCUUCUACUCGUGGGAUCUGUACUACCAGUACUUCGUCAUGGUCGUAUACGACCUCGAUGUUGCCAUGGCCGGCUACAUGGCCCAGAUCUACAACGUCGGGUCCACAUUCUGGGGUGUCGUCUUCGGUAUCUGGGUGCGACAGACCAGGCACUUCAAGUACACCGCUCUAUUCUUCGGCCUGCCGCUGAUGAUGCUUGGGGCUGGCCUCAUGAUCCACUUCCGUGGCGCCGACCAGGGCAUUGGGUACUUGGUCAUGUGCCAGAUCUUCAUCGCAUUUGCUGGUGGCACACUCGUCAUUAGCCAGGACAUGGCUGUGAUGGCAGCCUCCGACCGCGACGGCGUGCCCAUGAUGCUGUCCCUGAUCGGCCUCGCCUCCAACAUCGGGGGCGCCAUCGGCUUCGCUGUGACGGGAGCCAUCUACAACAACACCUUCCCACAGGCGCUGCUCAGGGCGCUGCCCGCCGAGGCCAAGGCCGACUACCUGACCAUCUUCAACGGCGGGUAUCUCGUGCAGCUGACCUACCCUGUUGGUGGCGCUAUUCGCACAGCUAUAGAUGAGGCCUGGGGGUACUACCAAAAGCAAAGCUGCAUCGCCGCCACUGCCAUCCUGGUUCUCGCGAUCCCUAGCAUUGCUGUCUGGAAGAACUACAACGUCGACAAGAAGCAGAACAAGGGUGUGCUGAUUUAA